GGUAAGUGGUCUUGUAUUCUACCAGAAUGUGUAUAUAUUGUUGCUUAUUCACUACGCAAUACAUAUAAUUCUUGCAAGGCGCAAUGAAAACGGCGAAGUACCAAAAAAGGUGCUUCGACCAAAUUGAAGGCAUAGUCACCGAGAACAAGGCCCUGACCGCGAAGGUGGACCGCCUUCGGUUGGAGGCCGAGAGGGAGGUGGCCGAGAAGGCGGCUCAGGAGGAGCGCCUGCUGGAUCUGAAUCAGCGAUUAGCCGAUAAGGAUCGUGAGAAGAAGGGUCUGGAGGAGGAAAUUGGGCGCCUCCGAGAAGAGAGGGACCGGCUUGACCAGGAGCGUGCCGGCGUUGGAGACCGGGCGCAAGGCUGGCGAGGAGCUGAAGAACAAGAGUCGGGAGUUGGCUGUGCUUAAAGUAAACAAUAAGAAGCACCUCGACGAGCUGGUCAAGGAACGGGACUCCUGGAAGACCAACUGCAUCAAGAUCUGGAAAGGAGUAGCCCCGGUACUUGACCUGAUCAGUCCCGAGCUCCCCGAGGACCAGCCCUAUGCACCGAAGCUAACCCCGGUCGAAAAGGCACAGCAAGCGUGGGGCUGGCUUCAGCAGUUUGUUAAGGAUGCCGUGGAGUUUGUCGGAGCGCACGUCCUCAGCAUGGUGCGCGCCCACUACCCCCUGGUCGACUUGUCCCGGCUUGAGAGGGGAUAUCCGAAGGAGGUUGGUCCGAGGGAGGCGGAUGACCUUGGCGUCAAUCUGCUGGACCUAUCGCCGACAGUGAUUGGCGAUAUAAAUCUCUGCGGGACAUCAACUCCCCCCGAUCAGCCAGGAUCCGACAGGUCGGCCAGGGAGUUGUCGGGGGCGUCGAUUGCAGGAGAUGGGCGGUCGGCGCCUGCGGUCUCGACCAGCCAGGUGCCGGUGGCCCUGACCCCUUCGGCGGGACAGAAGAGCCGUGCGGGUGAUCAGCCCGAGCAGUAGG